AUGAGUAUAAAAAAAGUUUCACCAGAUUGGUACUAUUUCAAAUUGAAACUAACAUCGCAAGAUCCAAAAUUUGAUGUGGAUGUGAGAUUUGAUGAAUUGACUUGGAGAAGAUGGUUGAAUGCUGCAUUAGUGAAGUCAUAUGGUAUUUUUGGGGAAUCAAUAGAGUAUACAUUUUUAAAUAGAGAAAAUCAAGUUGGAUACGUAAGAGUAGGGAAAAAAGAAAAAGACAUGUUUAUAACUGCAUUAUUCACAUACAUAUCUACAGAUGAACUGUUUGAGGUUCCUUUAGUCAUGAAUAUAUUACAAGAGACAGAUAGUAUAAGGUCAUUAGAUAUCCAAGAAGACGAUAAACUUUGGUUACGAAGGUGUAUUGAAGAAGAGGAAAAUGAUCAAGAAUGUGAAUAA